CAGAUUUGUCAUCAUUGUAUUUGUCAUUACUAGAGUUGUCAGAUGUGGACUUUCUCUGUGUAUACUGUUAGAAUAAUUAUCAUUUAAAACAUUUUUUAUUAACUUAAAUGUGUAUAUCUUAAUGAGUAUAAAAGUUUAAUGAAAUCUCUAAGAUACAAGUGAAUAGAAUUACAAUGAAGUAAUACUUUGUUUGUUUAUUUACCUACGUGAUGGGUUCAAGAAUAAGGGAGAAUGUGAAACACUUUUUUGAAUGUUUUUGCGAAGUCGUGCCUCCAACAGAUCAGAAUGAACCAUGGAUUAUACAACAAUACCCAGACAAAUACAAAGAUCAGGAAGUAUUAAAAUCUGUACCAAAAUUUGCCUAUCCCUACAAAUUUCAAAAUGAUGUGAUACAGCAUUAUUCAUUUGUGCUAACUGAUCUGGAAUCAAAAUGGACCUUUGGGUUUUGCAGACAUGAUCCAAAAUCUGAAACUGCAAUUGUGGUUUUGAGUUAUUUACCAUGGCAUCAAGGCUUUUACAAAUUUUUAGAUACUACUGCAGUAUUAAUGCACAGUUCAAGAAGCGAAGAUCUCAGAGAAUUUUUAACGGCCGUAUACAAUGCGAAAAUAGCGGAGCCCGGUCGGAAAUUUAUCGUUCCUAUUAACAGAGGAGAAAGCAAUUUUUCAGUAGAUGUACCCAGACCGUUUCAAUUGCCUAGUAUACCUGAAAAUAGAAACCUCACAGAGUACUUCAACGCAGUGGAUACACAUACGAUGUCCGUAAUUUUUGCAUCGAUGCUAUUUGAAAGGCGAAUAAUAUUUACUUCGAAAAAAUUGAAACGGUUAAGCGCCUGCGUACAAUCGGCGAACGAUAUCAUAUACCCCAUGAUUUGGCAACACAUAUUUAUACCGGUGUUGCCGAUGUCGCUUAUAGAUUAUUUAUUGGCUCCCAUGCCUUUCCUUAUUGGAGUGCCUGAAGAAGUUUUUAAACAAGUUAGAAGAAGCGAAAUAGGUGAUGUAGUAAUAUUAGAUACUGACGCAAAUACCGUAGAAACGCCUUUUGAUGAUUUAAAUAGUCUUCCUCAAGAAGUGGUAACUUCCUUGAGGAAGCAAUUAAAAAACAAGCAACUGGGUGACGGAGUAUCGAGGGCUUUUUUACGAGCACUUGUUCAAUUAAUUGGCGGUUACAGAGACGCCCUCAAAUUUCAGCCUGGUCAGAAAGUCACUUUUGACGAAGAAAGGUUUAUCGAAACCAGGCCACCUUCAUUACAACCUUUUCUAAGGGAGAUGCUUCAUUUACAAAUUUUUCAACAGUUUAUCGAAGAGAGGUUAAUGAUGUUAAAUACAGGUCAGGGUUUUUCGGAUGAAUUCGAAUUUGAAAUUGAAGGAUAUUCGGCAAAAUCCGGUUCAAAACUUAAGCAACAGUACAAAGAGUGGACGACGACUAUGAAGAAAGAAGGUACAGCUUUCUUCAAAAGCGUUAAGGAUAAGGCCAAUCCUGCCAUGAAAUCGGCAGUGAAGACGGUGAAGGACGGCGGAAAAGGCGUAAAAAGUGCUUACAAAGGUCUUCGUUCCAAAUUAAAAGACAACCAGGGUCCACAUCCGUUAGAAAAUGGUUUGGAAAGGGGAGACAAACACCGUUCGGCGCCGAAUUCUCCCACAGGGAAACGAAGAACUAUAGCUGGAUUCAGUGCGCCCGUGGCAACUUACCGUAAAGAUGCAGCUCUAGCCCUUAAAAGUUCAGCUAUGCAAAGAUCGUAUAGUCCGCUGAGUCCCAGUUCCCAACCUAUGUCUCCGGACGUAAUAGAGAGUCCUAGGAGCGGUAGUCCCAUUGAUAUUCCUCAAAUCGAUUUGAUGAACGAAAUGGAAGACCUGUUACAGUUGCGUUUGGAGACACCACCUGUCGAUAGAUCUCUUAAACCAGUGCGCAGCUUAGAGAAUUUCAAAAAUACAUCACCCUUAAAUAGUCCCGAUAGAUGGGCGUUAUCACGCGCAUCCGCUCCCAUUGCUUCCUCUCCCAAUCGAUUUUUCCUCCAAAACUUGGGGCACUCGCAAGAGACCCAAAACCUCCUUCAAUCCCCCGACGACGUGUUCCUUUCCCCUCCUUCCGUACCCCCUAGGAAUCUAGCUAAAGAGGUAGGCAGGGAUCUCUUUAGCAGCACACCCUUUGUCGUUGGUGGUGGGCACAGCGAAAACGGAGAUCCAUUGUUUUUUGUUGCUAAUCAGCAUUCUGUUGACAUUGUCAAAUUGUCGCCUCCAACGCAUUCGCCUAGGCGAAAGCACAAUCAAGAGACUGAAGACCUGAUACGCCUCGAUUCCGCAUCAGACAUUGACGAUUUCGACCCGCUAAAAUCCAAAUCUUCGAAUGACAAAACCAAACUUCCUUUAACAAUAUCGAAUCCACUCUACACAUACGAAAACACCGGUGCGAAACAAAACGGUGGCGUUUCGAAUCAAAAUUUUCAACAGCAGAAUAGAGAUACGAGAAACGAUCAAGACUUGCUGCAGGAAUAUGGCUUGAAUUUUAACUUUUCCAGUGUACAAAAUCAAAAUAGUUUCGACCCUUUCGGUACUAGUAGUAAAGUCAAUAUGAAGAGUCAGUGGACGAAGUUUGAAUGAAUGAUGCGGUGAUAUUGCGAGAAAGCCAUUGAAAUUUAAGGUGUAAUUCUAGGUAAGCUUUCUGUCAUUUUUAGAAUAUAUGCCGUUCAGUUUCUUUCUAAAUCCGAG